AGUCUUCAUCUUGCAAAGUGAUUCAGAAUGAAAUGGAUGGGGCUGACAUAUUAACCUAACUAACUGUCCUCUGGUGUGUGUGAGUAAUAGAUAGAUCAUCUCGGACACGUCUAGCGCAACAACAACCAGAAUGGAGGAAGAGUCGGGAGAGAAUGGGGUUUUUCUUAGUCAGUUAGCAAGCUAACGAGCUAGCCAGUAGCAUCAGUAGCAGCUAGCUAAUCAUUAAAAUAGCAGUUCUCAAGGUAACUAAGUAACGUUACUUACAGGGAAAUGUAUUUUCUCUACACAAUUAUCGCAUCUCUAGUUUCGUUUUUCAUUUUAAAAUGUAUGAAAAAGAGGAGGUAUUGCACCGAUCUGAAAAGACUUGAUGGCAAAACCGUUCUUGUUACAGGUGGGAAUUCUGGCAUUGGCAAGGAGACAGCUGUUGCUUUGGCAAUGAGAGGUGCCCGUGUCGUCAUUGCUUGCAGAGACCUGGACAAGGCUGAGAAGGCUGUGAGGGAGAUUAAGUUCAAGAGUCACAGUCUGAACGUCCUUCACAUGGAGCUGGAUCUGGCCAAUCUGUGCUCUGUACGGGAAUUCUGUAAGAACUUUCUCCACAGAGAGAAGAGGCUAGAUAUCCUGAUCAAUAAUGCAGCCAUGCCCAGUGUCCUUGACUGGACGGAUGACGGCUUCAGCAUGUGUUUUGGGGUCAACCACUUGGGUCACUUCCUCCUGACCAAUCUGCUUCUGCCUCGACUGAAGGAAUGUGCCCCCAGCCGGGUGGUCACCCUCACGUGCUCCAGCUACAAAUACCAGAAACUGGACUUCCAGGACCUAAACUACAACCUGCUGCCCUUCUUCACCUACUGCCGCAGCAAGCUGGCCAACAUCUACUUCAGCCAGGAACUGGCCCGCAUCACUGAAGGGAAAGGAGUGACCUGCUACGCUGUGCACCCUGGCUUCGUCCAUAGUGGGUGGACGUGCCACUACUCCAUCCUGUUCCGGAUGCUGAUGCAAGUGGUCAUGUGGAUGUUUUUUGUGCCAUGUGAGAUUGGAGCUCAGACUGUCAUCUACUGUGUUGUGUCAGAUGAAGCUGCCAAGCACAGUGGGGGUUACUUUGUCGACUGCCGACCCGCCACUCUGCGUCCUUUUGCAAGAGACGCUGGUGUGGCAAAAAAAUUGUGGGAGGCCAGUGAGAGACUGGUGAAACUGGCCUGACAUUGGAAGCUGUGGAAAAUAUUUUUUGUUUUUACAUGUUUUUUUCAUAAAUAUUUCAUUGUUUACAAAGCAACUGUAAUGUCUUUUGAUGAGCUUGUGUAGUUUUUUCCCAUGUUAUCAGUUUAUCAGUCUACAAAUAAAGUCUUGCUUUACUGUGUUUAUCACA